AUGAAGGCCUCUAAUAUCAACAUAUCUCGAAUGUUCAGAAUUCGAGCAUUCAACCAAAAGCAUACAUGUCCUUUAAAAGAUAGAGUUUAUUCGCAAAGACAUGUAACUAGCAAUUUAAUAGGAGGGAUUGUGAAACCUAAAUUUGUAGAUCAUAAACGUAAAUAUACACCAGCUGAUAUAAGAAAGGAUGUUAAGAUUGAUCUAGGAGUUGAUGUUAACUAUAUGAAGGCUUGGAGGGCCAGGGAGAAAGCAUUGAAAGCUUUGAGGGGUACACCAGCUGCAUCAUAUGCAAAGUUACCUGCAUAUUUGUAUAUGAUGGAUAUCACUUAUCCGGGGUCUCAUAUACGUAUGAAAAAGAGUACGAAUAAUGAGUUCUUGUAUCUAUUUGUUGCAUUGAAUACAUUUAUCCAAGGAUUCAAUCAUUGUAGACCAGUAGUCGUGGUGGAUGGUAGUCAUCUGAGAGGUCCAUAUAAUGGUACAUUUGUUGCAGCAAGCACGACAGAUGGCGCAGGACAUAUAUUUCCACUUGCAUAUGGUAUUAUCGAUUCUGAAAAUGAUGCUGCGUGGACUUGGUUUUUUGAGCAACUUAAAGAAGCAUACGGUGAGAGGAGUAACAUGUGUGUUGUGUCUGAUAGAAAUGAGAGCAUUAUAAAGGCUGUUACAAAUGUAUACAGUAAUGUCCCACACUAUGCUUGUAUGUGGCAUUUAUGGAAUAACGUUCAGAAAAAGUUUAGAAAAUCUCAUGAGAAGUUAUCUGGUGUAUUCUAUACAAUGGCAAAAGCUUGCACAAAGAAUGAAUUUGAUAUGUUAAUGGAUACUGUAGAAAAAGAAGAUAUAAGAGUGAAAGAGUAUUUGGAUUUAGCUGGAUAUGAAAAAUGGGCUCUUUGUUAUGCACAAGUACAUAGAGGAUGGCACAUGACAUCAAAUAUUGCUGAGAGUAUAAAUGCAGCACUUGUUUCAGCUAGAGAAUUGCCUAUUUUUGAAUUUCUCGAAGAGGUAAGGCUAUUAUUUGGAAGGUGGAAUCAUGACUACAAGAAGGAGGCAACCUGCACAUUCACAUCAUUGAUUGGAAAAUACCAUGACAUACUAACAGACAAUGAAGCAUUGAGCACAAGUAUGACGGUUGUACCGUCAACGGAAUAUGUGCACAAUGUUAAUGAUGAUGGGAGAUAUUUUGUAGUCUGUCUAAAAGAAAAAACUUGCAUCUGUGGAAGAUUUCAGUACGAGGAAAUACCUUGUGAACAUGCUUGGGCGGUAUUGAAAUGGAAGAGUCUACCACCAGAUGAAUAUUGCUCGGAUUUAUACAAACCAAAGACAAUGUUGAAGACAUAUAAUAUGCCUAUACAUCCUUUACCGGAUGUAAAGGCAUGGUUGAUUCCGAAUAGCGUUAUUGCUGAUGACGUAUUACCUCCAAAAUUUAAAAGACCUCCUGGCAGGCCAAAGGGUAAGCCUCGGAAAAAAACAGCAAGAGAGUUAUCGAGGAUUAAGGGGAAAAAUACAUGUAGCACAUGUGGAAUGGCAGGUCACAAUAGGCGUUCGUGUAGAAAUAAGCCAAAAGAUAUUUAA